AUGGAGCUCUCGGAGCGGCUCAAGCCCGUGACGAGCGCGAAGCGGAUCAAGGUGACGUUCAACGCGUGCGUGUCGGACGUUCUGCCGUGGAAGUUUGUGCCACAGCAGCGCGAGGUGCGCGUCCUCCCGGGCGAGACGGCCCUGGCCUUUUACAAGGCCACCAACAACUCGGACCAGGACAUCAUCGGCGUGGCGACGUACAGCGUCACGCCCGCGCAGGUCGCGCCGUACUUUAGCAAGAUUCAGUGCUUCUGCUUCGAGGAGCAGAGGCUCAACGCCGGCGAGACGGUCGACAUGCCCGUGUUUUUCUACCUGGAUCCGGAUUUGCUGCAUGAUUUGAACAUGAGGGGAAUCGAGACUGUUACGUUGAAUUAUACGUUUUUUAGUGAGUUUUCUCUUGUCUUUAGUUCUCUGGUGAUGGUUCUACGCAUCCCUACUGGGUUUACUGACUGGCUCGCAGAGGCGAGAUAUGACAACAACGGAGAGAUCAAGGAUCUCAGGGGCUGGGUGGAGCAGAAAAGCUCAUAG